AUGUGCGGCAGCGACAUCUUCCUGGGCUUCCUGGCCAUUCUCUUCCCGCCCCUCGCUGUAUGGGUCAAGCGCGGCCUCUGCUCUGCCGACUCGCUCAUCAACAUCGCUCUCAGCUGUCUGGGCUUCUUUCCCGGUCUCAUCCACGCCUGGUACAUCAUCGCCAAAUACCCCGACCCGACGUACGAGCAGCUCGACCAAGAACCCGAGGGCGGCCGCGUGACAUACUACUAUGUCCAGCAAAGCCACCGUCCCUCGGUGAGCAGCUCAAGAGGUCCUGGAUACGGCACCAUCGCCGGUGGUGGUCCCAGCAGUCAGCCCGAAGGCUCGCACCCUCAGCAGUACCGUCAAGACCAGCAGAUGCCUAGUGCAUCCAAGAACGACGCUGCAAACCCUCCCACCUACGCCGAAGCCGUCAAGGGCGACAACAAGACCCAGUCACACGACUAG